AUGCUAUUGCCAGGCUUCAAAGGCUUCUUACCAACGGUGCUUCCCAAAGAGAAGCAACUCAUCAGGUUUGAAGCAGGUAUAAUGGAAGGCGACUUGGCGUAUGUGACGGAGGGCCCCCAUAAAGGCAAAGUUGUUGAAGUGUUGAAUUACGCGCCAGAGUACGACUGUGUUUCCUUAGCGAAUGUUUCGUCCAAGAGAUUGAUUCCAAAACCCAUGUGGCCCGAAGGCCACACGUCGCACGUGUUUGAUUUCCCCGACUACGUGCCGCGCGACAAGGUCAGAGUCGUCGGCAAGGACCGAGAUGAACAGGGGCAAGUGCGCUAUGUUGUUGCUGAAAAAGUCGUCAUGAAGGAAAAAUACUACGAUGACAGAUUCAAGCAGUGGAUACCUCGAAGAUACAUAAAGUACCACGAUUACGAAUUGCCAUGGCCCCAACCGCAAAAGAUCAACGAUGGGGCAUUGUCGACUCCCGAGGCGGUGGUUCGGGAAAAGACGUUUGAAUUCAACACUAUUGGCAAGUCGACUAUACCGAAACAAUUGGUCAACCAGUUGAGGAAUCCAUAUAGUAAAUUCAAGAGGAGAACUCUUUCAGGGUUCCAGAUUGCUAAACUCAAGGGACCAGAGAUGCCCUUGACUAUGGAACAAAAGAUCUGGUUGGCUAAACAGGCUGACAAGCCUGCUAAGAAAUUGGUGCCAUUGUCGGAAGAAGUUCAAGAGUUUAUCGGUGCAAAGAUGGCGCAACAUAUGAACAGGAUUGAAAGUCCGGCAUUGCGUUUACAUUUGGAAGCAUUGUCGAAUCAGAAAAUCCCAGAUUACGAAAAGACUUUGCAAUUGAUUGAAGAGACGGCCAAAGCGGAACAAGCUGCUCAGAGUGGCAAAAGCUAA